GAUUGGUGCUGCUGUGCUGCCAUGGAGACCAAACAGGAGCCCUCCUCCGUGUGGAGUCAGCCGGCCAACGAUGAGCCUGGCAAUGCUGCUCAGGUGCAUUUCGAAGGUGGCACGGUGGCUCAGAUAGUGUAUAGCGGAGACCAGCCGGACCGAGGACAGCAGCAGGUGGUUUACACCGCAGAUGGGAGCUCCUAUACCUCGGUGGAGUCAGCCGAACACACACUGGUCUACAUACACCCAGCAGAUGGCACUCCAACUGUAUUUGCUGAUCAGCCUCAGGUGGCUUACAUUCAGCAGGAUGGUACAACCCAACAGGUCACAGUUCUGCUACCCAGCGGACAGAACAUGAAUGCUGCUAAUCUGCAUGUUCUCAGCAAUGUAGCAGAGGCGCCACAAGCCCUCCUGGAGCCGGUCUCUCAGGAGCAGCUGUCUGUGUCCAACUCCCUUACCUCCAUGGCGGACAUCACGGACCCCACCACCAGUCCUUUGGGGGCCACCGACUCCACUGAUGAUUCUGAAGAGGAGGAUGAAGAUGAAGACUCGGAGCUGGAUGACUGGGAACCAUGCCAGCCUCAGUCCUUCACUCCACACAACCUCUGGUGUGAGGACUGCAACAACGCCAACCCCUCUGUGUGUCUGAAGCAUGGCCCCCUACACCCCAUCCCCAACCGGCCCGUGAUGUCCAAGGCCCGAGCCAGCCUUCCCUUGAUCCUCUACAUCGACCGUUUCCUGGGAGGGGUUUUCUCCAAGCGGAGGAUCCCCAAACGAACCCAGUUUGGCCCUGUGGAGGGAUCCUUGGUGCCGCAGAGCGAACUUCAGGACCACUACAUUCAUCUGAAACUGUGCAUGCUGGAUGCAGACAAAGACAGUGGGAGGUCUGAUGACAUGUGGGUGGACCUGUCGGAUGAAGACAGCUGUAACUGGAUGAUGUUUGUCAGGCCAGCCCAGAACCACCUGGAGCAGAACUUGGUAGCCUAUCAGUACGGCUCUGACAUUUUCUACACCACCAUCAAGAACAUCCAGCCCAAGCAGGAGCUCAAGGUGUGGUACGCAGCCUCAUAUGCAGAGUUUGUCAACCAGAAGAUCCACGACAUCACCGAGGAAGAGAGAAAAGUCUUGCGGGAGCAGGAGAAGAACUGGCCCUGUUACGAGUGCAACCGACGCUUCGUUAGCUCCGAGCAGCUGCAGCAGCACCUCAACAUGCACGAUGAAAAGUUAACCUCUGUCACUAGAUCCAGAGGUCGCGGCCGUGGAAGAGGAAGGAAGAGGUUCGGCACUGGAAGAAGACCGGGUCGCCCGCCUAAGUUUAUACGACUAGAACCGCUGGUGGACUCUGGCGGGGACAAGACAUCGGACAUGUUGGGAUUGACUGGCAAGCCGUCGCUUGAGGAGCAGACGGACGGAGCCCAGAAUGGGCUGAGGGUGGUGGAGCUGGAGCCAGAGGGGGAGCUGGGUUCAGAGGCAGAGGGCCAACUGCUGCCCUCAGUGGGGGAGCCGAUCCCUGGGCCGGUCACCCUGCCUCCCUCUGCAGACCUCCCCAGCCCAGUGAAGGAGGAUCUGGCCCAGGGCGGCCAGGCGGAACCUCACCUCACGUCUCAGGACAUGCGGCGCGCCAAGAGGAUACGGAAUGCAGCGCUGCAGCACCUCUUCAUCAGGAAGAGCUUCCGUCCUUUUAAAUGCACUCACUGCGGCAAGGCUUUCCGGGACAAAGAAAAACUGGACCAGCACCUUCGGGUCCACGGCCGUGAUGCCUACACUUUCGCCUGCCACAUUUGCAGCAAGAGCUUCCUGACCGACUCGGCACUGGAGGACCACCUGGUGCUGCACACGGAGCACCGCACCUACUCCUGCCUCCUGUGCCCUGAAACCUUUGAGAAGCUGGACCUGCUCAAAGACCACGUAGGGGUGCAUGCGGUGGACGGCUGCUUCACCUGCCCCUCCUGCAAGAAGACCUUUAAUGACUUCAUCCAGGUGAAGAAGCAUAUUCGCUGCUUCCAUUCAGAGAAGAUCUUCCAGUGCCCAGACUGUGAAAAGGCCUUCUGUCGGCCUGACAAGCUGCGUCUACACAUGCUCCGCCACUCAGACCGCAAGGACUUCCUGUGCUCGACCUGCGGCAAACAAUUCAAGAGGAAGGAUAAAUUGCGGGAACACAUGCAGCGCAUGCACAAUCCAGAAAGAGAGGCCAAGAAGGCCGACCGCGUCCACCGCUCCAAGACGCUCAAACUGAAAGUGCCCACAACCGACUUCGAGAGCUUCAUGUUCAAAUGCAGGGUGUGCAUGAUGGGGUUCAGACGGCGUGGAAUGCUGGUCAAUCAUCUGUCCAAACGGCACCCAGAGAUGCGUAUCGAUGACGUGCCUGAGCUCACCCUGCCAAUCAUCAAGCCCAACAGAGACUACUUCUGCCAAUACUGUGAUAAGGUGUAUAAGAGUGCCAGUAAAAGGAAAGCCCACAUACUGAAGAACCACCCGGGUUCCGAGUUGCCCCCCAGCAUUCGUAAACUGCGGCCGGCUGCUCCCGGGGAGCCGGACCCAAUGCUGAGCACACACACCCAGCUCACAGGCACCAUCGCCACCGCACCAGUCUGCUGCCCCCACUGCGCCAAACAGUACAGCAGCAAGACUAAAAUGGUGCAGCACAUCAGGAAGAAGCAUCCAGAUUUCGCCCAGCUGGCCAACUCUAUCCAGACGCCGUUGACCACCGCCGUAAUCAGCAGUGCGCCCACCGUCAUCAACGCAGACGGAACCACGGCGGAGGCUGUAGUGACCACAGACCUGCUGACCCAGGCCAUGACGGAGCUGUCCCAGACUCUGACCACAGACUACCGCACAGCCCAAGGCGACUACCAGAGGAUCCAGUACAUCCCAGUCACCCAGGCCGGAGGCAGCCUGACCCAACCACAGCACAUUCAGCUCCAGGUGGUCCAGGUGGCACCGGCUUCUUCCCCACAUUCCCAGCAUCCUACGGUGGAUGUGAGCCAACUGCAUGACCCCCAUGGCUACAGCCAGCACUCUAUCCAGGUGCAGCACAUCCAGGUCACUGAGCCCACGGGCACCGGACAAAGUGCUUCCCAAGUCACAGGUCAGCCUCUAAGCCCCUCCUCUCAGCAGACGACUCAGGAGUUAAGCCCCGCCCAGCUCACCCCAGUGACCCUGACGCAGAGCCACACCCUCCAGACGCCCGCCACUCAGCAGCAGGGGACUGUGCAGCACACCUACAUCCCCGGGAACUGGAACUACCGAGGCUACCCGUCUGAGAUCCAGAUGAUGGCUCUCCCCCACACUCAGUAUGUGAUCGCCGAGGCCAGCACACCUGUAUCUGGAGUCAACAGCAGCCAAGUGAAGACGACUUACGUCAUCUCGGAGGGUCAGUCCGAGCUGGAGGCCAAACAGGUGGCGGGUCCGCCGAGCUCAGCCCAGGGCCACGCCGAACACCUAGAACAGCAGCCGGCCAACCAGCAGGCCACAACGCAGUACAUCAUCACCACCACGACCAACGGCAGCGGCACUAGCGAAGUUCACAUCACCAAACCCUGACAUCGCCGCCAGUGAUACACUUCAACGAUUAAACCCAUUGUAUACACACACACGUACACACGCCCCCCAGUGGACUGAUCCUGCAUGUGAACCUUAGCAGCCUGUAUGCACGUGAACAAACACACGCAGUCGCACACAGGCACGCGAGUACAGUACCCGUAUACACGCACAACCUGAAAAGGCUCAGUCAAAAGGAGUUUUGUGAUGAAGAGAUAACCAGCACAGUGUUUUUAUUUUUUUUUUGCAUCUGUUGAAUGUCAAGAUAUUACAGAGCGAGGGAUUCAGUUCCAAGUUGACAAAACUUGGUUAGAUGACAGAAAAAUGGGGAAGAUUUGUUUGUAGAGGGCGUGCAUGUGCACACAGUGCACUUGUGAAUGACGGGUUGUUUUAAUGGCUAACACUGGAGCGUUGAUAUCCGUCUGUAGUAUUUUCUCUGAGUCACCGCAGCUGUCAAGGGGGGCGGGUUAGUCACCCUUUUACAAUGCGACGCGUCUGGAAAUAGGUGUGAACGGUCUGCAGAGGUGUGGGGAAUGCAUUUGGUUUCAGAUCCUCAAAUGUUAGGGACACGGUCAUAAAAAGUAUGGACUCUGGCGCUGUUCAAUUCCGAUAAGUGUAUAUCUACCCAUUUUAUAUUUUACACUUGAAAACCUACCGGCUAUUUAUUAAUUACAUUUGUUGUGGGAAAGAGUAAUUCUCAAAAUUUUUUUUAUUUUUUUGGGGGGAUCCCCCCCCCUUUUUUUUUCUCCCCCAAUUGUACCCGGCCAGUUACCCCAUUCUUCCGAGCCGUCCCGGUCGCUGUGCUGCCCCCUCUGCCGAUCCGGGGAGGGCUGCGGACUACCACACGCCUCCUCCGAUGCAUGUGGAGUCGCCAGCUGUUUCUUUUCACCUGACAGUGAGGAGUUUCACCAGGGGGACGUAGCGCGUGGGAGGAUCACGCUAUUCCCCCCUGCUUCCUGAACAGGUGUCCCGACCGACCAGUGGAGGUGCUAGUGCGGCAACAGGACACAUACCCACAUCCAGCUUUCCACCCGCGGACACGGACGGUUGUGUCUGUA